GCUAUCAGUAUCAGUCCACAGUCAGUUUUCCAUUCAGUACAAAUUCGUCCAUCAAACCGCGUGGUUGUAGUGUUCCGACUGUUACAAGUUUCGAUGUGUACCUGUUACUUGGAGUAAUAACUGCUCCAGUAAAACAAUUAGUGAUCAUCUAGUGUAGAAUAAAUAGAAAGCAGGAAAAUGACACAAUCACAAGUGGACGCCAUGAACAACUUCAUCAACGGCGAGAUCAACAACAAGAAGGAGCCGCUGUGCACCCUGAGCACCAUGGAGCUGGAGAAAGACACCACGGUCUGCGCCACUGGACUCGUCAAGGAUGCCAUCACUCGCCUCAAUGCUAGCACCGAAAUGUUGGCUGAUGAUAUCAAACAGGCCGACUACGAGCCAGUACCCACCACAAAACCCCCCGGCGUGGUCAAGAGGGAAAUCCAAGAUAAGGGAAAACUACUCCUGCAAGUGCUAUGGAUCCUUAUCCAACUGGUUCCCGCCAUCUUAUACGCCAUCUACGUCAAAGUUUUCCCGCCAAAAGGAAAGUCAUUGCGUGGAAAAGUCGCUCUGGUAACUGGUGCAGGUCGCGGUUUAGGUCGCGGUCUGGCGAUCGCCCUGUCGCGCGAAGGCUGCAAGCUGGCAUGCGCCGACAUCGACAUGGUCGGCUGCGAGGAGACAGUGCGCAUGAUCGGCGAGGAAGGCGGUGUUGCCAAGGCGUACCGCGCCAACGUUGCCAAACCGAACGAGAUUGAAGCCAUGCGCCGUAAGAUUGAAGCUGAACUGGGUCCAGUUGUGUAUGUGGUCAACAAUGCCUCGCUUAUUGUGUCACACCGGAUUGAUGACGAGAAUCAGGAUGCUGAUCGUGCUGUGACUGGCGUCAUCAAUGUCAAUUUGCUCAGUCAUUUCUAUAUGAGCAGAGCUUUCCUGCCAUCAAUGAGGAAGAACAAGGAUGGACAUAUCGUUGCAAUUGCCUCAAUGUCUUCAUUUGCUGGAUUGGCCUACAGUUCUGUCUAUGCUGCCUGCAAAUGGGCUGUCAGAGGUAUGAUGGAAAGUAUGCGUGAGGAAUUGAAAAGAGAGGGAGAGAAAAACGUGAAACUGACCUGCGUUCAUCCAUACUUCAUCAACACAAGCGCUGAAUACACAAAUAACUGGAAUAUCAGAUUUCCCGAAUUGACAAUCGAAGAGGUGGUUGAUGCAACAAUCAAUGGGAUCAAGCAGGACCAUUUCAGUGUCAGCAUCCCAGAAGACAUGUACUACAACAUCCAUGUUAUGAAGCUCUUGCCCAGAUUCAUUCAGGACCAGCUCCUAGACGUUUUCUACGCCAAGAUCAACGUGCUGUCCAAGAAUGAGGUGGAGAAAACUGCAGCCAAUCACAUUAUCAACAAAUCUUUGGAUAACUCCAGUCUAUAACACCCUCACCAUCCUGAUUCCUCAUAAAAGAAAUACUAUUUUUUCUAUUAUUUAUUGGAAAUUCAAUUUUGCUACUCUUAUCAUAGCGUAUGUGUCGAUAUAUUUUCAUGAGAUAUGAAGAAUAUGAAUUAUUUUUCGAUAUUUUCGAUAUUUCGAUAUUUUCAUAUCGGAAGAAAAUAUUGAUACAUUCGCUAUAAAAUUAAUAUCAGUGUGUAAUCAAUAGCGAAAAUCUAAUCUUAUUUAUAAUUUGAGGAGAUUCUGUGAGAAUGUUUUGAAAGCAUGUCUAUAGAACAUCCCUUCAAAUUUCAAUUACUUAUCCAAUUUAAAAGAAAAGAAUGGGUCGAUGAACUAUUUACUGACUUUUGUCAUACUGUAUUAUCAUUUUAACAUCCUUUUCAAUGUAUUGAUCAAUGUAUUGUAUUGUUUUAAAUUCAUUUUAUUGUCAUUAGAUUCUCAAUAAUUGAGACCAUUUUGUUCAUUAUUGUUUUGUGUCUUCCAUAUACCAAGAAUAAUUGAUUACGCUCAAGUUUUACUUUUUGUGUUUUAAUGUUUAAAUCUGUGAGAUGAGAAUAGGUUAAAUGUUUCCAAUUUUUCAUAUUGUUUUAAUAAUAUGGCCAAUUGGAAUCAGCCUAAUUAUUCUGAAUAAGGGUAGAUGUUAUGGAAAUUUGUGUUGAAUUUUUGUGUGAAGUUCCUUACAAUCCAUUCAAUGCACACAAAGAAUAAUCAAACUGUUUUAUUAAACUUGACUAGUAUUAUUAUGCUCAAAAUCUUUUAAUGUGAAUUCAUAAGCUCAAUAGAAAAAAUAUUUCACCAUUAUUUAUUUGAUGAUUAAUAAUAUCUAUGAAACUGUUUAUGAUAAGAAUUGAAGAUCAUUAUUAUUAUCAUCUAUAGGAUAUUUGCAUAGAAGUUCAAAGAAGAUUUGCUCAGCCUAUCGUUAUAAUAGCAAUAAAAAUAUGUAUAGCAACUAUUUAAUAAGUUAUGUGAUAUGUCUAUUGUGAAAGUCUCUGAAUGGAUGAUGAGAUUUGGGAGUUCUGCGUUUUUGAUUGUAUGUUUGUUAUAAGUAUUUUAAAUUUGAAAUUUUUGGACACUCACUUAUUUUUAUGAAUCGAUACUGGAUUUAUUAUUGAAUAAAAUAUGGUGCCAUUA